AUGAAUACGACGCGUUCGCGAAGCUUCCUCAGUGACGAGGAUGCAGGCAUGGAAUGGAAUUUUGAUUCACUGUUCCGGUUUAUGAAGAAGUCCAGAGGCUUCACUGGACCGGACGAAGAGCAGCGCGCAAAGGGUGCAAACGAUAUUGAUGCUUACCACGGUUUCUUCGGACCUGUUCAAGUUGCUUUCUCACAAGGAAUGUUCAGCGGCCCUGCAUUUAUUGAUGAUGUCCGCAACAUAAUCGGAAUCGCACGAUGCCAAGACAUGAAUGGUGGUAACUCAAAUUGUGUAGAUUAUAGUCCUAAUUCGAUAAACCCGAAAGACCACGAUCAUCGUUCAUCGUCCGCAAUGGGUAGUUCUUUCCGGAUGCGCACCGGACGCCGAACGGGGGUGAUUCUAGCCGCAGGUGCAAUUGCCUCCCCUCAAUUGCUUCAGCUGUCCGGAAUUGGUGACCCAUCUGUCUUCGAUCCACUUCGGAUUGAUCCUUCUUUCGGCGCAGACGGCACAGGGCCCGAGUUUACAAUUGCGUUCUUGAAUAUUCAUGAGCUCUUCUCUGAAGGUAUGAUCUCUGUUAGAGCAAUACCCGUCAUGGGCAAAAGUCAGGCAGCUAAUGGGUUGGAUGCUGAGGCGCUUACCACAAUAUUUGCUCCUGUUUAUGAACUUCCUUUGUCAUUGGAGACUCCGGGUAACUCAACAUUUACCCGUCUAUUCACCCGUGGAAACAUCGUCAUUACGGAUACAAGUGUAUUCACAAAGCCGAAAGUGACGCUUAACUAUUUCAAUGUCGAAGACCUCGCCGUGCAGAUAGCAGGCUCCCGACUCACCCGAAAGGAUCUUAAUCACACAGCAUUCGAACCCAUCUCAUCUGGAGGAAACGAUCCUGGAACCGAUGUUGUUCCUGACGAUGGAAAUGGCGGUGCAGACGAUGCAUGGCAUUCGUGGAUUCACGAUGAAUUCGGGGCAGUAUUCCAUAUGAUCGGUUCUGCGGCGAUGAUGCGACAUGAUCUGGGUGGAGUCGUGGAUGGAAAGCUUCGCGUCUAUGAUACGAUGAACCUACGUGUCGUCGAUGCAAGUAUACUUCCUCCCCACAUUAGUGCCCAUCCAAGUGAGACGCUUUAUGGUGUUGCAGAGAAAGCAGUGGACAUCAUCAAAUCUGGCGUGUCACUGAUGUGA